AUGACCGGCAAGCGGAACGCAAAUCCAACAACGUGGGAAGAUUAUCAAUAUGGAACUCAGAACUCACAUCGAAGUUCGAUAAGCUCGGUUGGAGGUCGAAGUGUGCGGUUCAGUGAGGGCGAACAUGGAGAGGAUGGAGCUUCGAAUCUUGAUCCUUCGACAGCUAGGACUGGGAAUGAGGACGGUCUGCGCAGACGGAGGUCCUCGAUGGCACUGCGUUUUAACGCCUUGACACAUGUUGGAGGAGUAAACAGUAUCGAGAAUUUCGCACGAAGUUGGACCAGAGCAGCAGGAUUCGCGGAAGUUGCACCGAACCGACCAUCCUUCGUUGUUCGCGAUGACCAAGGACCACUUGUACCGUCAGGUCUAAUCUCAGAAUAUGGACGGCAGGAUAUCGAACAAGGACGGACCGACAGGUCUUUGAUCAGGGAACAUAUCGCUGCGAGUGGAAGUCCAGAAAAUGCUAUUGAAGAUGAUAAUGGAGCACCAGAGGAGACAGAACCGCUCAUGCGAAAGGAAUCGAAUAGGACUAGGUUGGGAAGUGAGAUGAACAGUAUUGCGGGACGAGAUUCGAUAUUUGCCAUCGCACCACAUCUCGCUACACCACUUGCAGGAAGUUAUGGCGCAUCGUAUGGUACACUUCAGUCUACGCUUAGCCGAAGUUCCAUGAACAGAGCUGGAGAAUUAUGGAGAGAACAAGAAGCAGCGCGGUUGGAAGGAGAGCGAGCGCCCAUAUUGGUGAAGGAAAUCGAGCAAGAUGGAAAGAAACUUUACGUUAUUGCUGGGCAAUCGACGCUCCCACAAACGAUUUUCAACUCCACAAACGUCCUUAUUGGUGUCGGAUUACUGAGUCUGCCGAUGGGCAUGAAAUACGCCGGUUGGGUUUGCGGAUCGAUUUUCCUAUUCCUCGCUGCAGCAGUUACGGCUUACACAACUACCAUUCUGGCAAAGUGUAUGGAUGCAGAUCCACAUGCCAUUACCUUUGCAGAUUUGGCUCUGAUAUCCUAUGGACAAAAGGCACGAAUUGCUACGAGCGUGUUGUUUGCGAUGGAAUUGCUAGCUGCUUGUGUUGCCUUGGUUGUCCUCUUUGGAGACACUCUUAAUCUUCUUUUACCGGGAUUUGGUGUCACUCAGUGGAAGAUAUUGUGUGGUUUGAUUUUGAUACCCCUGAAUUUUGUUCCGUUGAGGCUUUUGAGCUUUAGCAGUGUACUUGGAAUCUUCUCUUGCUUUUGCAUCGUCCUCAUCGUCUUCGUUGACGGCUUAAUUAAGCCACAUUACCCAGGCUCACUCCGAGAGCCAGCAGCAACAUACCUCUUCCCCAACAACUGGCUCACUCUACCUCUCUCAUUCGGUCUACUCAUGUCACCAUGGGGAGGCCACUCUGUAUUCCCAGAUAUCUACAGAGACAUGCGGCAUCCCCAUAAAUUCCGACAAGCCGUAAAAGUCACAUUCGGCUUCACCUACUCCCUCGACUUCCUAAUCGCCAUCAUCGGCCUCCUCAUGUUCGGCGACCGCGUCAUGAACGAAGUAACCGGCAACAUCCUCGACUCCCCCGGCUACCCACGCACCCUCUCCAUCCUCCUCUGCAUCUUCAUCGCCAUCAUCCCCCUCACCAAAGUCCCCCUCAACGCCCGUCCCAUCGUUUCCACAAUCGAAACCCUCACCGGUCUCGGCCCUGAAACCGUCUCCGACACUCCCGUCCUCACCGGCAUGUCCGGCUACACCCGUGGCAUCCUCCGCGUCCUCAUCCGUAUUUUCGUCAUCCUCAUGUUCGUCCUAGUCGCUAUCCUCUUCCCGGCGUUCGAUAGUAUCAUGGCUUUCAUGGGGAGUACCCUGUGUUUUACUAUUUGCGUUAUCCUACCUCUACUCUUUUACUUGAAGAUCUUUGGGAAGGAGGUAAGCACCCGCGAGAGGUGGCUUGCGUAUUUUUUGAUCACCGUUUCGUCGGUUCUCGCGUCCGUGGGAACGGUGUUUGCGUUUUUGCCGAAGAGUUUGAUUGGUGCGGAAUAA